AGAGAGAGAGAGAGCGACCGGCGACGAGACACAAGCACGCGCGGGCUUCGUGCGAAUCGAAUUCCGCGCCGAACGGCCAAGGGAAUCACAUGAUCGUGGUGUGAAGCGAACGCGCAGGCAACCGUCCGAGGUUAUAAAUAGAGGGGGGCAGGCCGCGGAAAGUCUCUUUCACUUCCCGCUACGUGCCGCGGCGCGUCGUUUCGCCCAUUUGUCUCGAUCAUUACGCGGUGUGCCGUGUGCCUGUGUGAGGCUCGUACUCUCUCCCGAUCCGAUCUGAUCCGUUCUCCCUCUCGCGUGCACGCCGUCGCUUGUCCGCUCGCGUCCACCCUCGAAGGAGCCACAGGUACAAACCCCCUGCAAGAGAGACGCGAUCUGUGCCCGAUUGCGCCGCAUCGACCGCACGGAGAUAGUAAUUCGGAGCGGAGCGCGCGUAAACGUGAAAGAAAACGCAUCGACGACGAGAAGAAGGAGGAGAAGGAGAAGGCACGUGGAGAAGUCUGUUCGCCGUGGUGCGAUCGGCCAUAAACCGCUUGUGGAGCUCAACAGCGCGGCGGAAUCUGUGCGAAGCGAGCGAUCCUGAGUAGCGAGAAUCUGCCUUCGAGACAACGGCGGCGACGACCCCGAAACGUAGGAAGAUGCCGGAGACCGCACACCAUAUGAACGGCUACGCGAACGGUCACGCGCCGCCUGAGUUGCAGCAGGACACCACGUUCCUGUUCACGUCGGAGUCGGUCGGCGAGGGACAUCCAGGUGAGCAGCCCCGAGAAGACCACCCAACCCCCUUGCCGGGCUUUAGCGGGUGACCCUGCAUUAUCGGUCGAAAAA